GGUUACGCGGCUUAGACGGGAGCGGUGGUGCAUUUUGUUGUUUGAUAUAUUACGCUAGCUUACGCCCGGAUCGGUGGACUUACGCUGAGAUCGGUGGACUUAGGACUGGAAGCGGUGGACUUAGCCUGGCUAUCUGGGUUCCAGGUGUGGGCAGAGCGGUGUGAUUUUAGAUCGAAUUGGUUCGGAUUCGUGCGGAUUGUUUGGGAGAGCGCAACGGAUUUCACGCGGAGGACUGUGAAAGCUUCCGUGAAGCUGGUUUGAAGCUGGAUGAAGCUGCUUUGAAGCUGCUGUGAGCUUUCGGGAAGCUGUUGGGGAGCUGCGUCAAGCCUGGCCAAGCUCUCCGUGAAUACUCUUGCAAGUCUUCUCGAGCCCCCUGAAGACUCUCCUGAGCCGCCUCGAGCCUCGCCAAGCCACCCAAGACUUCCCGAGACCUCCCGUCGCCCUGCUGACCCUGAGGUCAUCCUCAGGUCACACCAUGGAAGGCCUCGCCGCCAUGAACGAGAUGUGUCUCCAAGAACUGGUCCACGUCCAAGAAAACAUGUCAUCCAGCAUACCACCUACUCACCAACCUCUUCAACCUUCAGUGAAGGCGGGUAUCGACAGCACGACAGAGAUGACGUCGCUAGGAGGGGAGCAUGGUCAGACGACACAGACGAGUCAGACGGGGCAGACGGCACAUCAGACGGCGGUCAACGCGGUGUCCACCGUGAGAAGGACGCCCAGUGCUGGCGGCGAGCAGCCCCGGGAGCAGCCGUCUCAGUCAGUGGACACUACAGAUGAGGCCCGCGACGGAAAGAAGAAGCGUCAGAGACGCCAGCGCACGCACUUUACAUCACAGCAGCUGCAGGAACUCGAGUCGACGUUCGCCAGAAACCGGUACCCCGAUAUGAGCAUGCGGGAGGAGAUCUCGCUGUAUACUAACCUCUCCGAGGCCAAGAUUCGGGUAAGUAAAACUUGUCUUGAUAAAAAUGUCACGAAUAGCCACAAUAACUAAAUGGGCUCUUAUUAUGUA